AUGAAUGUGCUAUUCCUUUCUUAUAAUAUUUGUAUUCUUUUUUUAUUUGUAUGCACAUUAAAAUUUUCUACUAAGUGCUUUUCUAAUGAUUUAUUGAAGAAUCAAAAUAUAGUAAACAAAACUUUUAAUUUCAAAUCGCGAAGAUUAUUAGACGAAACCGAAUUAGAAAAAAAUAAAAAUGACAAUUCAACAUCUGAAAGUAUACUAAAAAGUGAAAAAGAUAAAAAAGAUAAUACACAUGGAACUAGCAAUGAUAACAGUAAGGAUUUUUAUGAAAAUAAUAAAUUUUUUCUUUCAACUGAUCAAAUAGACAUUACUGAUGUUAAUGAUAAAGAUAAUGAAAACUCUGCAAGUGGAACAAAUAAUAAUGUAAAUAAAAAAAAAAAAAAAAAUCAUAAAAAUGAUAAAAAUAGUAAAAAUAGUAAAAAUAAUAAAAAUAGUAAAAAUAAUAAAAAUAAUAAAAAUAAUAAAAAAAAUAAUUAUGAUAAAAACAAUAAAAAUGAUAAAAAAAAGAAAAAAGGAAAGAAAAAAAAACAAAACAAUGAAGUGAUGUCUUUAUAUAAAACAGGUCAACAUAAACCAAAAAAUGCAAGAGACAAUGAUGAACAAAAUAUAUAUGAAAAAUUUAUAAAUGAAUUAACUAAUAAUUUAGAAAGUACUCUCCUUUUAUCAAGUUUAUAUCCAUAUAGUGAACAGGGAGGGUGUGGAAUUAUAUCUACCGUGCAUGAUGUCUUUUAUGAUAUAAAAGAAAAUGAUUACGAAAAUAAGGAUGAAGAAAAUAAAGAUGUAGACAAAAAAUAUGAACAGAAACAAGAAGAAACAUUGAAAACCCUUGAUAAAAAAGAACGUAGACAAAAAGAAAAGGAAAUGAAAGAACAACAAAAAAAAGAAAAAGAAAGAAAAAAGAAAGAAGACAAAGAAAAGAAAAAACAAGAAAAAGAAAAGAAAGAACAAGAAAAGAAAGAACGUAAACAAAAAGAAAAGGAAAUGAAAGAACACCAAAAAAAACAAAAAGAAAAGGAAAUGAAAGAACACCAAAAAAAACAAAAAGAAAGAAAAAAGAAAGAAGACAAAGAAAAGAAAAAAUUAGAAA